UUGUAGAAAUAUUACUGAAGAAUGAUUCUCCAGUAUAUCAGUGUCACGUUUUACUUUACAGGGAAGAGAGAUGACACAUUCGUAUCUAUUUAACAACUAUCUUUCAAAAUAAUAAGUGUUUGUUUUUAUACUGUUAUCUGUCGUAGGUGUCGCUCUCCAUUCUACGUCAAAACGAUCAGGAGAUAAUGAAAAGAAAUUUUAAAUUUUCUAACUUUCUGUUUUGUGCACUUAAAUUCAAGAUAUUAAAUUUUAACAAGAACUUAUAUACUGUAAUGUCAAGUGCACACAUAAAAAGCAGACACAGAAUAUGAAACAGACGCAGAAAAUGAAGCAGACGCAGAAUAUGAAGCAGACGCAGGAUAUAAAGCAUACACAGAAUAUGAAGCAGACGCAGGAUAAAACGCAGACACAGAAUAUGAAACAGACGCAGAAUAUGAAGCAGAUGCAGAAUAUGAAGCAGACGCAGGAAAUGAAACAGACGCAGAAUAUGAAGCAGACGCAGAAUAUGAAGCAGACGCAGAAUAUGAAGCAGAUGCAAGCACUGUGUAAACACUCAUGAAACAAGUGAAACUGACUAAAAAUAUAAAGCAUGCGUUGAAGUAUUUUGAUAUUCCAAUUCAUCUGUUGCUUCCUUCUUGUUGUUGCUCCAUACUUGUUUCAUGAUUUUUGUAGUGCGAACCUACGCGAUGGACAUACUGUACAGCCCUGGAAAUUGGCUUCAUAGCUAUAUGAAAAAUCACAGUGACACUAUUUACAUAUUCAAGAUGCAGCGGAUCAUAUCAAAUGAAAUUCAGUUACCAGACGGUAGAGUUGGAGUACCGAUCUAUAUUCAACCAUCAGUGUUUCCACCAUUAAUUUAUCCCUGUCAUGUUAUUACCCUUCGAAUAUGUGGAUUUGGAGUAACCUCGAUUAUCACUGGAAUUAUUGGAUUAACACUAACAUUUCGGAUGCAUUUCAGCGCUUUAAAUGGAACCUAUAUGACAAGUUCAGCAAUAAAUGUAAUUUACGCUUCAUUUCAUGGCAUGAGGUAUGCUUCACUCGACAAAUUAUUUUGCAAGUUCAUUGGUGCAACAGCAAUGGCUUGUAUGGGCAUCUCAUUAGUUGCCAUCGUGUUUUGUAUGAAGACCAACAUUUGUUGUCCAAGUUGUCAUGCGUAUGAUCCCGAAAGAAAUAGUCGCUAUGGCGCAAAUGCUGCUAAUAUCGACGAAAUACAGCCAAAUCCAAAUGUGUGUGCACCGCAAGAUAUGGCUCAACUGUUCGAAUCUAGAAAUAUUUGUAGCACUAGACUCGAAUCUCCACCAGCUUAUACGGAGUAAAAUAUUUUGCUUGUAAACUUUUAUAAUUAACUUUGGAAAAUAAACUUGGAAUAUAUUUGUUCGCGCUGUUA